AUGCAUUCCUCCAGCUUCUAUCUCGCUGUGGCGACUUUCACGUCGGUCGCCGUCAACGCCCACGGCAAAAUCGCCGUUGCCGUCGGUGAUGCGGGUGGAAAUACCACUGCUCUUGGAAUCAUGGGAGCCGCUGUCCCUGGCAUGGGGCGUAAUAAAGAAACUGAGGUGGACACCACCGUCUUCCAGCGCCGCGAUGCGGCGUCUGACGGCCUUGGCCAUACCAAGGGAAAUGGAGAAAACAACAUGGGGAUGAUGGACAGCGUCAUGGCCAUGUCUGGCUCUACCCUCCCGCAAGUCAGCAGCAACGGCGGCCACAUUGCCAUGACCUACCACAUUGUGACGACUGAUGGAGCUGGUCCUCUCAGAGCCAUUGUUGACCCCACCGCCACCGGCCAGUUCUCGCAAGGUCAAGAGGCCGACGUUGUCACUCAGGUUCCGGGCAGAAAUGGCAAUAUUCAGCCGGGCCCCCUUAGCAACAAUAUGCCGGCAGGCGGUAAAGGCGGCAUUCUUGGCGGUUUAGGACUCCGUGGCCUGACAAGACGCGCGCUCAACGUCAACACCGAUCACCCACUCCAAGUUGCGAUCCCCGCUGGCACGACCUGCACUGGAGCCGUUGGCGGCAUGCAAAACGUGUGCCUUAUGAAAGUGGCCAACCCUAGUGGUGCUGGCCCGUUCGGUGGAGUUAUUGCGUUCCAGAUGGCACCAGAGGCCCCGGCAGCGGCCCAGAUUCCCAAUGCUGCUGCACCCAAUUCUGCUGCACCCAAUGCUGCUCCGAACGCCGCUACUGCUGCCAACUCUAUCAACGCACCGGCUGGUGAGGCUGCAGCCGCUGCUGCUGAUGUCGUCAACGCUGAGGGUUCGAAGGCUUAG